AUGUGUGUGCCUGACCGCCCCUCGCUGCCUGGGGAUGAUCCUCGAGCGCUGUGCCUUUAUUCUGGUCCUGGCGAUGAUCCAAACCUCGAUUCUACAUCUACAUGCUCUGAAGCCGAUCGUGCCAGCCCCAGCCCUGCCAUGCCUUCCACGGCAUCCCACUGGGGGUCACUCAUCAACCCGGACAAGAGCCCAGCGCCGCUUUUGGAGCAGCUCUGUCUCGGGAUUGCGGCGCAGCUGAUGCCGUCGUUUGACUCCAAUCCGACGACAGAUCUCACCCCGGACCGGCUCGCGGCCUUCUACAAGAAAGUCGGCGGGAACUAUGACCCACUUUUUCUAGACACGAAAUGCCAGUCGCUCUCGUUCAUCUACCAAUCGCUCGGAUGUUUUCACAGUCUACAGCCGUCGAAGAACCCCUACGAGCCUCCUUCGAUCCCCUCGCUGUGUCCGAAUGGGUUUGUACGAUGGCAGACCAUUCAGUUGUUGAUGGACCCGGACGAGCACUGGCGCUACCUCCAGAAUGCCGUCAGUCAGUGGGAUAUCGUUGAUGCAAAGGGCGAUAUUUUCCCCAAAGAUAUUCCCCGCGAUGCCUUUCCCUCUGAGCCAGAUCCGGAGAUGUUGCAGUGGCAUGAAGGAGUGAGUCGGCGGCUUGAACAUGACUACGUCAAGAGGAAUGUACAGCGCUCGUCUCCACCCAGUGCCGGCAGUUACCACUAUCACUUCAGUGGAAAAGAUCCGCUGCCUGACGAGGAAGACUAUUUCUCGAAUCCCUCGCGUCAUGCUGGAUCAAGGCGCCAUGAAAACUAUGAUUCAGAUCGGCCGAGUCGACAUCGCAGUCAUCGCCGCCGCCCGAGCACAGAAAAUCACAUGUCCAGUAGACGAAGACCCGAGUCGGCAUACUUCGCACGACCAGAUGGUGGCCGAUCAGGAGUGACAUCUCCGCGAACACAGUCCCCGCGACCCGAUCUGCCACCCCGCUCGAGAGGUCGAGAUCGGGCAGGUGGGUUCAGCCGCCCGCUGAACCCAGACUUGGAAGAUAUGCCAGACUUGGAGGCAUCCGACCACUCGCCUCGGGAUGGUCACCAUGAAUCGAAAUCGAAAUAUCGGACACGCGCCCACAACCUGUCACCACCACCCAACUCUCGUGCGCGUCGUCAUUCUCACGACGCAUACACUCGCAAACCAGCACGAGAUCUGUCCCCAGCAGCUCCCAGAAGAGCUCACGUUAGUAACAGCCACGAGCCUCGAUCGUCCAAGGCAACCAAUUCCCGACGUGAAGGGGAGGGUCGCUCUCGGUCUCGACAUGAUGACGUUCAAUUCCGUGAGUUCAUCUUCGAUGGCCCAGUUCCUGCACCAGCCCCCGACCCUCCGCAGUACACAUCUGUUCCGCCGCCUCGUUCAGCGCACCGGCAUUGGCUUCAUAUGGACCGCUAUGCCGGCGACGAUAUCCGUAGGGGCAGCUUCAGCGGGGGAAGUCCAGCUGGCAGCCGCCCAGAAAGUGAAAACAGCUCUGAACGACCUCGUUCCUUUAGCAGUGCAGGUCUCCACCCACGAGGUGCACGGUGGACAAGCCCCGUAAGGGGCCCUGUUCCGAAACGAUACAUUCCUACCACGCUAAACGAGGAUAUAUAUGACAUGCCCUCGCCAGCGCGGCGAGCACCUUUAUAUGACUAA